UUACAUAUAAGAGUUGACUGCUAUUGAAUUAUUACACUCUGUUUAAACGCUUACUUUUAAGAACCGAAGUUUUCUUCGUUGGUUUAAUUAUUUUAAAUAAUUAACUUAUGGAAUGUUACCAAUCGUUAAGUGAUGCAGAAAAUGCUGCUAAUAAUUCAUCUCCAGACAAGGAUAUGAUAGCUGCAUCGAAAUCUCCAGUUUUUGAUAGCUCUAAUAAACGAUUUGUGGAGUUUAUGGAUGGCACUUUUUUUGAAAAAAUAAAUGAUAAGUGUACAGAAAGUAUGACAGUUGGAAAAUGUGUAAAAUGCCUACCCGAUAUUAUAGAAAUUAAAGGCUUUAGGAACUGUACAUCAAAUUAUUACAAGCAUUUAAAAAGGAAACAUGGAAAUGUUUGUCUCGAAGAAUUUAAAUCACAUCUUAAGAUGCAAAAAAUUAGUCAUAGAAAUUCCUGCUCAGAUAACAUCACUUCAAGCAACACCUACACUCAGGAAAUGUUCAAUGAUGAUCUUGUGAAAUUUUUUUCACAUUCUAUGAUACCUUUAAAUUGUAUAGAAGAUCCAUACUUCGUAAAUAUUUUAGAAAAACUAAACAUUGAAAAUUGCGGUUUAAAAGUGAUCAGCCGGAAAACUUUAGCGAGACAACUCAGUAAAUGUUUUGAAAAAAACGUAGUGUUAGUUAAAGAAGAAUUGAAAAAUGCAAAUCAUGUUUGCACCACGAUAGACAUUUGGUCUGGUCGAAAAAGGAGUUUUUUUGGUGCAACCGCCCAUUGGAUCGACCAGACGUCUUUGCAAAGAAGGUCUAGAGCACUUGUCUGUCUGAGAUUCAGUGGGGAUCAUAACUAUGAAAGAAUCAAUGACAUGCUGCAGGGGAUUCAUGAUGAGUUUGGGUUAUAUGCUAACAAAAUCGAGGCAACGAUAACCGAUAAUGGAAGCAACUUUGUGAAAGCAUUUGAAAUGUUUGGCAUACAUCCGGCCAGCAUUAUUGAUGGAUAUUUGAAUAUCAUUGAUCCUAGUGAAGAAGAUGAUAUCAAAAUUCGGGAGUACUCAGAUAUAUCUCAAGACAUGGAUGACGGAGAAGUCGAAAUCGUAGACGAUAACUUGAGGAAGAGCUUACCAAAACACUUACGAUGUUGCUCUCAUACGUUGAAUUUGAUUGCAGCUUCAGACGUCAACAAAGCAAUUAAAAGUGACGCAAUACUCAACUCAAUACAUCAGAACGUUCUUAGCAAAUGUAACAAUCUUUGGAAACGUUCUAACAUUCCUAAGUCUGCAGAAAUAAUUAAAAAUACUUUAGGACACACUUUAAGUCGACCUGGAGCCACUCGGUGGAAUAGCUUAUAUGAUGCAUUGAAGCAAAUUUUGAGCAUUAAAGAUAAAAACGUCAACCUUCAUAAAGCUUUAGGGUUAAAAAUUAUGAUACACGAAAAUGAAUUUGAUUAUAUGGAAGAAUAUUUAAAAUGUUUAAAACCGAUUUCCGAAGAUUACUGUAGUACUGUAGAUUACCGAAAUAAUGCAGCGGGUGUACAGUCCUCCUGCUUGCAAGCAUCUGGCUACUGUUUUUCGAGAGAUUUGCUUGCCAAAAGCAGUAUGAAUUUGAUUUUCUAUCUACUGCACUGGUUCCUUUCUGCAGAUAGUCCUACUCCUUCCUCAAACGCCGAAGAUAGAACACGAUCUCCCGUGACGUCUACUAUACAUUCNUUAAAGUAA